AUGGCUAAAGAUUCCCGUGGAAAAAUAACAACCGAGAAUGUGCAAAAUUCAAGUCGACUUCUUUGUGAAACAGCAAUUUCAAUGCGCAUUCGUUGGGAACUUCUGGUCCUCAGUCGACUGAAAUGGGACGUUUCCACCGUGACGCCACUCGAUUUCCUGGAACUGCUGAUCUGCCGGCUACCGAUCGAGAACAAAAAGUGUCACGACAUCAGCAUAGAGAAAGUGAGAAAACACUCGCAGGCCUUCAUCUCGUUAGCAGCUAGAGAGCACUACUUUUCCAAUUACUCGGCCAGCACGGUGGCAGCAUCCAGUAUUGCGGCAUCGCUCAGUGGACUCAAGUGGGACCUGCGCAGCGGCAAAUCAAUUCGGUACCUGGUGGACAGGUUUACCGACCUCACCGGGGUUGAACAGGAGUACAUCUGUGAGUGCAUGGACAAGAUGGAAUCCCUGUUCCAGGAGCAGCGCCGCCGGUUGCCCCAACCGAUGCACAUCGCGUCGGCAACGGCAACUAUCGUUGCCCAACAGCAGCAGCAUCUGCAGCCGCCCUGCGUAAGUCACAAAAACAGCUCCACUACUCCAACGGAUGUGCAGGAUAUCGAUUUCUAGGAGGGCGGCGACAGGAGACAAAAAAAAACACAAAAGGGCGCCAUGAUCGUGGCCGGUAAUAAACGAUCCCCAGCUUUACUAUUACUACUCAGAUUUAUUAUACACAUACACAUACACACAGGGCGGCAGAGUUAGCCACCCUAUCUCUCUCCCCCCUUCCCACGGUUCUAAGAAGAUUUCAGUAUGCGAUUAACAGAAGCCGCGCAGCAGCAGUAGCAGAAGACGCGAAAGAGGAAGAAUUGAUGCUAAAACAAUUUUGGUGCUAUAUUUUUUACAUUAAAUUUAAGGUAAACUCAAGAACUCAAGACCUGUUGGAGGGAGAGGGGGAGCAGUUUGGUGUGACAGGUCAUGCAUGUGCAAGCGAAGGAUUUCAUCGCGGCUCUGUUGCUUCGAGAAUCGGAGGAAGCCGCGACGACGGGACGAGAGGGGGGGGGGGAUAAUAGUGUGCGCAUACUCUGCAACUUCAACUCUGUAAAAAGUAGCUUGUAGUUUUGGUUCCUGAAAGGCAAGGAAGCAGCAAUUUUUUAUUAACAAAAAAAAAAAAGAAAUGAGAAAAUGCAAUAAUUUCAGAGAGAAGAGUAUAUAUUUUUACAAAGGAAAACUAUACAAAACCUUAAAACGAAGAUACGUGAAUUUAUAUCUAAACUCUUAAACUGAUAGAGCAAAGCUUGAGGUUUAAUGUGAAAACCACACAAAAAACACUAGAAAACGAAUAAGAAAAAAAAAACAAAAGGAAACGUAAGAUUUCGAGUGCUUCCAGUAGAGGGCGAUAUUGAAUGCGAGUGUGCUAAACAAACAAACAAACAAACAAAAAUAGUAUGUUAUUGAAUGAUCUAGAUCGUCGUUAGGCGAGUAAGUGAACUAUGUUAUUUUUUGCUCUUUAUAUUUUGUACAUAUAGCAGUUAAACAAUUCAGUGCUUAUUAGAUCCUAAUGUAAGCCCAAGAAAAAAAAAUCAAAGAAGUCAAAGGUAGCCGCGGAAAAAUAACACACAGAGAGAGGAGAGAGAGAGAAACCAGAUUCAAGAUGAAACAACAAUAUGCAACGAGAAAAUAUAAAAAAAAAGAAAUCUAAGAAGUAGCAAACAAUUAGUAGCACUAAAAUAACUAUAUAUGGUUAGCUAUAACGAACUGAAAACGUUUGCUGGUGAGAAGAACAGUUUUAUCGGAAGGCAAAAACAAAGUGAUAGGAAAAUUGAAUUCGCAGGAGUGGGAAGAAGUGAUACUGAAGGAGGAAGGGUAGCUGCAGAAUAAUUUAUACUGGGAAACCCCUUUUUUUCUGUAUACUACUACACGGUAAUGCUCGUGUAAAUAAUAUAUUUUAUAAUUCUUUAUUGUAUUAACCCCAGAAAAACACGAUUGUUUCGAAAACACUA